AUGGAAGGUCUAGCCGAAUUUGUCUCAAAAUCCUUUAGCGAUGACAACGAGGAUGUAAACAAACCAACGAAACCGUCGAUGACAUCAGCGUCAACAACGAUAAAAUGUGAAGAAAAGAUUGUAGUAGAUGAUAACCAGCAGGAAGCUACGGACUUACGAAUUGUACAUAAAGACGAGGAUCAAUCUAAAACACUUCCCCCAUGUGACCCCACCCCAAAACUGGACACCCUGGACGUCGUCACGGACGGUUCGGACACAGAGACUAUAGGGGAUAGGACUGAGAUUAGUGAGGAUGGCCAGCCUAAACUGAAACAACGCCGAAGUAGAACCAACUUCACCUUGGAACAACUGAACGAGCUGGAAAGACUGUUCGACGAAACACACUACCCUGACGCCUUUAUGCGGGAGGAACUCAGUCAGCGCCUAGGCCUGUCAGAGGCCAGAGUGCAGGUCUGGUUCCAAAAUCGGCGAGCAAAGUGCCGCAAACACGAGAGUCAGAUGCAGAAAGCUGGAAUCAUGAUGCAGUCACAAGGAACUCCCCUGGACGCAUGUAGGAUGGCCCCGUUUGUCAAUAUGACCCAGGUUCCAAGGGAGCCCGUGGAUCGCCUCCAUUUUGCACCAUUUCUACCUUACUACCAACUUCAUGCUGCAUCAGCAGCUGCGGCGUCGGCGACUCCACACCAGCCUAUCCACCCAUUACUGUUGUACCACCACCACUACGCCGCCGCUUUAAACUAUGCUACGCUGCACGACAGUAGCUUUAAAUCGUCUAAAAACUCGAGCAUCGCCGACCUCCGGCUUAAGGCGAGGCAACAUUUGGCCUCGCUUGGUAUAUGA